UCAAAUCAAACAAAACAAAAAUACAAAAAGCCUUUAAAAACAUUUAUUUUAUCGAAUUGUAAAAAGAAAGCAAAAGUAGUUAACAAAAAAAAAUGGUAUCCAAAAUGCGCUCAUUUGAAUGUCCAACAUGGUCUAAUCCACGGAGGCAACGAAGAGGAUUCUUAAACAGUACAUAUACCACUCCAUCAAACAACUAUUCUGGUAAUUAUGAAGGUGAUGUAACAAUGUUUAGAGUCACAUCACCAAGAAACUCCGAUUCUGAUGAAGAAUAUAGCAGUCUUAAUUAUUUUAAUGAAGCCGAAAAUACCAUUGAGACUUUAAGAAAUCGAUUAUUUUUAUAUCAACUUUCGCCAAUUUAUUCAAAUGCUAUUUUAAAAAAUUCUUUUUACCAAACCCUGAUACAAAUGAACACUAUUUUUAUUUUUCUAAUGGCCUUGAUAAUUCUUUCUGCGUGGAAUAUUUUCAAGAGAGUUGUGUUCUUUUUCAUACAAAGAAGAUAUAUUUUAUAUUAUUGGAUUAAUUACAUUAUGUUUAAUUUAGUUCCAAUUACUAGUGCUUUAGUUAUUAGUUUUAUGAUUGGAUAUUGUUAUUAUAUUUGUUUUAGUAGUUCUCGUGAAAUUGUCAAAUUAAUGACUUAAUUUUAU